AUGUCUUCUUGGUACACUCCGGAAAGGUAUGCUGACGGGCCGGGAUCCUCGUCUUCCGAGUACAAUACAGCUAUUCGGGAAGCACUUCUUUGGCAGCACGUAUUUUUAGGGGGAUUGGGUUGCGGGACAACGUUCAUGGUGGACAUAGUGUUUGGUACUGCCAAGAAGGGGGAGCCAUUGCCGAUCCUGCUGCGGUGGGACUUUUGCCCGACGCUGAUCGCUCCGGGUUUGGUUGCAAAGCCUUCGCUAGCAGUCUGGCAUGAAACAGCACCUUGCUUUCUGGAUGGUAUCGUGUCGACGGUCACUAAAAUCGCCAUACACGGACGUAACCCUCUAGAUCGAGUGGGCCUGGCCAAACCCUCGGGCGGGGCGACUACCCACAGCACCACGGCCCCGCCUAAUCUACAAUGUGCAAUCAAGUUGCCUGGGGUACAGCCAGUCAAGCGUCGAAUCAUGUUGUUCAACGCAUGCUGCAGGUCAUAA